GAUUGUAUGCUGGACGUGUGCGCAAUCAUUCGCCGAUGCCUGUCGAGCGAUAAUCCGCUGCGUUCUUGAAGGUUAUGGGUUGUGAGCGUUGUCCUCGGUUUCGCUCUUCGGCCGGCAUUAGUCGUAGCGUCGUUGUCGAGCUGCGUACAACUAAGAACUGAUUCUUCGUACAUUAAAGCACCGGAAGGAUGAUAGCGCUCUUUUGGAAGGUGUUGCUAUUGGUAGUUGUGAUAUGUGGUGUAGAUGUUUCUGCCGGUGAUCGUCCAUGCCAGACACGUUCGGCCAAACCACUGCAAGGACGGUGCGUUCCGGUGGCCAAAUGUCCGGCAAUCAAACAACAUCUUCUUCGACUACAAUUCCGGUCGGCUGAUACUUAUGAAGCUUUCCUGAGCGAACGGGCCUGUAGCUAUGGGAAGGAUGGUACCUUGCACGUAUGCUGUACUGGGAAGACGGCUUCCGAACAACGAUCGAUGCUAACUCCGAAUGAGGCACUUGAAUGUCCCUUAGAAUGUGCUCCCAUCGAGGAUUGCCCGGCAGUGUAUGGCCGUAGCAUGGUACUGCAGAAGCGGUACGAUCGUCGCCUACAUAAACUGUUGCGUGACAACUUCUGUUACGAACAAUCGGGACAGCUGUUCGUGUGCUGUGAUCCGGAAAGGUAUCCGAACUCAAUAACGGCAGGCACCCGGCAGCUAGCAAAACGCGUCAGUUGGCAAUCUUGUGUGACACCGUUCGGAGAUGAUGGGAAGUGUGUACCGCCGGCCCGCUGUGCCAUGGUCGACAACCCGGACACGAUCGCGUCAGAGCUGGAAGCGUUCACGAUCGGGUGCGACCCUGUGGCAAACCAGUCACAACUUUGCUGCACCGAAUCACUGCUCAUCUUCGACCAAGAAGCUGGUAAAGAAUGCGAAACAAAGGAAGGAUUGGAGGGUUUAUGUACCGAAUCGGAACGCUGUUUAGAUUUCAUCGAGUCUGAGGAGAAGGAUGUGUACGUACGGCGGAAUUGGUGCUACACAAACCUGCAGCAGGUGGAUUAUUUGUGCUGUGCUCAGACUCGCAUCAAGCAGGCCCCACAGAUUGAAUUUGGAAUUCGUGCCGGAGAGGAUCUUCCCUCGUGUUCAACGGUCAUCAAUCGGCCAGGAUUUUGUGUCCCACUAGCGCAGUGUGGCCCGGUGGCGAGGUUACUGCGCCAAAUAUCUGCCCGUGGAACAACAGCAACACCGGAUGAGGCACGCUUUCUCAGGGCAUCGAUUUGUACCACUCCAGAAGGGGCAACUGGUUACCAUGUAUGUUGCGAUGUUACUGCCGUUCAAACUACAACUACGGCUGCUCCUCCAACUACAGCAGCUACAACUGCUGCUCCAGCCGCCGCGGGCAUGGUUAAUCAUCCUAACAUUCGGUUGUUCGAUCGAUCUAACUGUGGUCUUGCGGGCACUGUCAAUAAGAUCGCUUUUGGCCAACAGGCCCGCCUUUUCCAGUAUCCCUGGAUGGCAAUGAUCGUGUAUGUGUCCAACACGUCGGGGACGGAGAGUGCCGAAUGCGCAGGUACGAUAAUUAACGUCCGCUAUAUUCUAACAGCGGCACACUGUAUCGAUGGUCAGAUGGAACGAAUGCGAUAUGUUCGAAUCGGUGAAUUUGACACGCGCACAGAUCCAGACUGUGAAGAGGACACUUGUGCGGCACCGAUGCAACGGUACGGUGUGGAGGACGCCGUCUACCAUCCAAAUUUUACCCGCAUAGUACGUUCAGGGCAUGACGUUGGUUUGCUGCGAUUAAAUCAGUCGAUCGACUUUAGUUCUGGUGACGUGUCACCGGUAUGCCUACCGUUUACCAGCAGUCUGAUGGGGUUCGAUCCUACGCUCUACUGGAUUACCGGCUGGGGUCUGACGGAACGGUUGGAGGUUAGUCCGAUACUGUUGCAGGCACGAAUCCCACCCGUGUCGUGCAGUUUGAGCAGCUAUGCAAUUUGUGCCGGUUUUGGCAAUGCCACACUACACUGUGAGGGUGAUUCGGGUGGCCCCAUGAAGGCACAGGUACCGGAGUACAACUUCCGAUUUGUGCAGUACGGUGUCAUUUCGGCAGGACCACGUUGCGGUACGCAAGGUGUUCCUGGUAUUAGCUCGAGAGUUUCGUAUUUUAUGCAAUGGAUUCUGGAUAAUAUAAAAGCAUAAAUUGUGUG